AUGGCCGACGUCGAUAAGAAUCCGGAUGAGGGCCUCGCGCACCACGACUCAGCGGCAUUGCCGCGCAAGUCAGCCCCUGCCGACCCCGAGCUCCUCGAGGCUAUCCGCGCCGAGCAUCAGAUGGGCUUCCUCGAGGCGUUGAAGCUGUACCCAAAGGCCGUUGGAUGGUCCGCCUAUGUAUCCCUGGGUGUCAUCAUGCUGGCCUUUGAUCCGCAGCUCAUCGGCAACUUGUACGCCAUGCCACAGUUCCAAAAGGAUUUCGGAUAUCCCAGCGGCGAGGGGUACAUCAUCAGCGCCGCGUGGCAAACCGCCCUCUCCAUGGGCAACCCCAUAGGACAGGUCGUCGGAGCAUUAUGCGCAGCCUACCCCAUGGACGUGUUUGGCCGCAAGCGCACCUUUGGCGUCUGCGUCAUUCUCGUCGCCGGCCUCGUCUUCAUCCAGUUCUUUGCCCGCUCGCUGCCCGUCCUCCUCGCGGGCGAACUGCUCGCCGGCCUCGUCCUGGGCAUGUUUGUCGUCAUCGCGCCGGCCUACGCCUCCGAGGUCUGCCCUACCGCCAUCCGCGGCCAUCUCACCUCCUUUGUGAACCUGUGCUUCGUCAUCGGGCAGCUCCUCAGCAACGGCGUCACCGCCGGCACGCAACGUAUGCACAGCCACGGGGCGUACUCUCUCCCCUUUGCCCUGCAGUGGUUCUGGGUCGUGGCCAUCCUCCCCGGCAUGCUGUUUAUCCCAGAGAGCCCGUGGUGGCUGGUGCGCAAGAAUCGCACCGAGGAUGCGGACAAGUCGCUCCGGAGGCUUGCGUCGCCCGGGGUCAACGUUGCGGCUACGUUGGCCUUUAUCGUGGAGACGGAUCGGCUGGAGCAGGAGAUUGAGGCCGGCAGCACGUACGUGGACUGCUUUACAAAGGUGAAUUGGCGAAGGACCGAGAUUUCCAUGGGCGUCUACUGCACGCAGGCUUUGAGCGGCAUCUACCUUGUCAACUAUGGCACUUACUUCUUCCAGCAGGCAGGUCUCCCGACCGACCAGGCCUUCAACAUGUCUGUUGGAUUCAUGGCUCUUGGCCUCGCUGGCACUAUUGUCUCUUGGUUCCUCAUGGUCAGAUUCGGCAGACGAGUCUUGUACAACUACGGUCUCGCUGUGCUCGUCGUCCUCCAGUUCGUCAUUGGUAUCCUCGACUGCGUUCCCGGUCGGCCGUCGGGUGCCAUCUGGACGGAAUCGGCCCUUAUGCUGGUUUGGAACUUCUUCUACGACGUUUCCAUCGGCCCCAUCUGCUUCGUUCUCCUCGCCGAGUGCUCUGCCACUCGCGUUCGCUCCAAGACCAUUGCCACUGCCACCGCUGCUCAAGGGCUUUUGGGUAUCGUCAUGACCGCUGCGAUUCCUUACAUGAUCAAUCCCGGCGAGGCCAACUGGCAGGGAAAACUGGGCUUUUUCUUUGGGGGGCUGGCCGGGCUGUGUCUCAUAUGGGCCUACUACCGUGUUCCGGAGACCAUGGGUCGCAGCUACCAAGAGUUGGAUCUGCUCUUUGACAAGGGCGUUCCUGCGAGAAAGUUCAAAGGUUACCAUUUGGAAGGAGCACUGUCCGCUGGAUUCGAGUAA